AUGCCGCGACAAUAUAAGCCUGACCCUAGAGGCAGACGAUACAAAAAAUAUGAUGAGGAGGUGCUCAACGCAGCUAUUCACGAAUACCAAAGAACAAAAAAUAAACCAACAGUGUCAUUAAAAACAGUAGCUGAUAAAUAUGGCAUUAAUAAAUCUGUCUUAUACAAGCACUGCACUAAAACUAUGAAAAAACAGGGGGGGCAGACAGUUUUUUCAUUGGAAGUGGAGAAACACAUGAUCAAAUAUAUCAAUAUCUGUGCUGAUUGGGGGUAUCCUCUUGAUUCUUUGGAUUUUAGAUAUUUUAUUAAAAAUUACCUAGAGAAAAUAGGAAGAACUGUUUUAAAAUUUAAAGACAAUUUACCCGGUCCUGACUUUUUAGCAAAUUUUCUUAAGCGUCAUAAAAAUGAAAUCACACAGAGAAAUUGCCAAAAUAUUAAAAGAAACAGGGCAGAAGUAUCUCCUGAGUCUAUCAAAGAUUAUUUCAAAGAAUUAGAAACCUCUCUGUCUGGUAUUGAUCCUAAAAAUUUAAUAAACUACGAUGAGACAAACUUAUGUGAUGACCCAGGCCGAAAAAAAAUAUUAACCAAACGUGGAACGAAAUACCCAGAAAGAGUCAUGAACCACUCGAAAGCUUCUGUGUCCAUCAUGAUGUCUGCGACAGCUGCUGGAGACAUACUGCCCCCCUACGUGGUUUACAAGGCCCAAAAUCUUUACGACACCUGGACUGAAAACGGGCCACCUAGUACCCGGUACAAUCGUUCUCAAAGUGGGUGGUUCGACGCCAACAUUUUUGAAGACUGGAUUAAAACUAUUAUUCUGCCGUAUUUCAGGGGAAAAGAAGGAAAAAAAUGUUUGAUCGGGGAUAAUCUGUCCUCACAUCUAUCGAUCGACGUAAUACAAAUGUGCCAAGAGGAGAAUAUAUGUUUCGUGUUUUUACCAUCUAAUAGCACUCAUUUAACCCAGCCCUUAGAUGUGGCUUACUUUAGACCAAUGAAAAUUGCAUGGCGUAAUAUUCUUCUAGAAUGGAAGAAAAAAGAUGGUAAAAAAGAAUCUUGUGUUCCAAAGGGAUGUUUCCCAAAACUUUUAAAAAAGCUUAUGGAAGAAUUACAUAAAAAUGCAAAAAACAAUAUAUUGACUGGUUUCCGAAAAACAGGAAUUAAUCCUAUCGAUCAAAACCAGGUGUUAAACAGAUUGCCAGUUGAAGAUUGUGAAGAAGAAGUGGAAAAAUCAAUUUUGGACUUACUUAAGGAGCUACGCUAUGGAACCACGACCGUCAAGCAAUCUACAAGGAAAAGGAAGUUAAAUGUGAUUGCUGGGAGAAGUGUUGGGGAUGGAACUGAAGGUAAAAAUUCUAGGGAUUAUGAUGAAAUUGAAGAUUAUGUGGAUUCUGAAGAAGGAGAUGUAAAAAAUAAAAAACGGAAAGAGGCUAAUAUAAGUACUGAAAUCUCUAAAAAAGGAAAGGGAAAAGGAAAAAAGUCCAAUAAACAAAAUGAAAAUAAUAAUAAAGAGAAUGUAAUCGAUCAAAAUGAAAAAAAUACUGAAGAGACGGUUGAAGAUUAUGUUGAUUCUGAAGACGGAGAUUGUAAAAAUAAAAAACAGAAAGAGGCUAAUAAAGGUACUGAGGUAUCUAAAAAAGGAAAGGGAAAAGCGAAAAAGUCCAAUAAACAAAAUGUAAAUAAUGCUAAAGAGAAUGUAAUUGAUCAAAAUGAACAAACUACUGAAGAGACGGGAAAUAAUGAAGAAAAUGAAAAAAAAUAUGAAAAUGUCACAUUAGACUGA